CGGUAGAAGGCAUAGAGGUGGUAGGUUUAUGGAUUGAACGUUUGUACGAUGACUCGCUGGGAGCGACUGCCCUCUCGAGAAAGCAUUCAAGCUGGAGUCUUGGCGGAAAUGGAUACCUCGGCAUCUUGCGGAUCUGUUUAGUAUAGCAUCAAGUUUUCAGGACCAAAAAACUACCUUCAUUGAUAGCAUCAAACAACAAUUCAACAAACUGUCCAGCCACCAAGACGAUACACAAAUCAUCACCGACCAUGGCGCCGAAAAACCUCCGCAACACUUACACGCCACCUUCGCACCCACAUCUCAAACCCAUCAUCAUCUGCGGCGUUGUCAUGGCGCUCUCUGCCGCUCCUGUACCGGCCAUGUUCCGCCCUGACAAUUUCGGCUCACCACUCCCGGAGAACGUUGCUACAGCCGGCCGAUGGAUCCAAGCUGGCUUGUUUUACUUCCUUUUUGGCGCGCAUGCAGUUGAGACGGUCAUGUUUAUGAAGCGACUGAAAGAGCACGGUGUUGGCUUCAUGAGUGCAGCGUGGUGGAAGUGGGUAGGAACUUGUUUUGUUGGAGGACAAUUCUGCUUCAAGCAUUUUGACAGGGUGGUGGGUAAGCAGCUGUAGAUGGAGCUGCUAUAUACAGGAAGGGUUAGAAGAGAAAGAAGGCACGACAAUAAAGAUGAUAUGUUAAGGUCAUUUGAGGUUACGUGAAUAGUGGAAGAGGGUGUACAAACUGGAUUUACCUAGCCACCU